AUGAGCGCUCAAGCAUACUACGAACUCUACCGCGGGAGCAGCAUCGGUCUCUCCUUGACGGAUACGCUCGAUGACCUGAUUAACGAAGGGCGGAUUGAGCCUCAGCUGGCCAUGAAGAUUCUCUCUACCUUUGACCGUGUCAUCACCGAGGUUCUUGCGGAAAAAGUCCGCACUCGUCUGACUUUCAAGGGUCACCUCGAUACAUACCGGUUCUGCGAUGAAGUAUGGACUUUCCUAAUCAAAGAUGUCAACUUCAAACUCGAUAACCAGACGACGGUGACUGCGGACAAGGUGAAGAUUGUGAGCUGUAACAGCAAGAGGCCCGGCGAGGCAUGA